UGAUGAUUUAGGACGAUACAUCUCCAUAAAGCGAACAGAUAAAAAACAUGGCAUCUGAAAUAACUAAGAACUACUGGAAUACCUGUCUUUAGUAGACAGCUGGCGACAACUCGAUGGUAUGAGUCGUCUGCCGUACGCCUUACCUCGCGAGAGAGAUGAAGAAAACACACGAAAGCAGUAACGAAAAUAAACCGGACGUCGAUAAAGCCAAAAGGGUGUAUAGGGCUGCUGUAGAGGCGAUCAAGCGUCUUGAUGAAGUAUUGAAGCAGAGAAAGGCCUACCGGGAGGUGUUUACUCAAGAUGCUGUUGGGUUACGUAAUAAAUUAAAAGAAUACAGUGAGAGACUGAUGUUCUACAACCCCCUUGAGUAUGGGAGGAAAGCUGAAGAUGUUCUAUGGCGGAAAGUCUUCUAUCAGAUUAUACAGCUCGUAAAACAAAACCGAAAGCAUGUACGGCCUGGGAGUACAUUGGAGUCGGCAUUCCGAACUCACCUGGCGUCGGCAACAGGUUACUACAAUCACCUCCUCUUCAGACUUCAGUACGAAUUCUCGCUCAAUCUCCAUGGUGUCCUCGACUUCCAUCUGGUGCCAGAACAGAAGACAGGCCACAGGAAGCAUUUUGGACAUAACAGUAGGAGAAAGGAUGUGAAUCCGAUCGCCCAGGACUGGGCGAUGAAGGCCUGCCAUCGCUGUCUUUUGUGUCUAGGAGACAUUGCACGUUACCAACAAGACUUUGAUAAAGGGUUCAGUAAAUCAGCUUCAGAACGUUUCUACCAUCAGGCCAUAGCUUUGUGUCCAGAUAAUGGUAUGCCACACAACCAGCUUGGAACUCUGAGUGGGUCACGCUAUGUCCACUGUGAGGCUGCCUACCACUACAUACGCUGUAUGGUGUGUGAAAAGCCGUUUGAAGGGGCUGAAGGAAACUUACAGCGGCUUUUUGAAAAAAAUCGCAAGAAAUUCUUGGAGCUAAAGCAAUCAACAAAUCACAGUCUUCCCCUGGAAUCACAGAGUUUCCAGGACCUGAAAGUGUUUCUGAUCCAGUUCCUUCAUCUGUUAAGCAUCUUCCAUGAUACAUCUAAAAAUCCAGACUCGUCAGAUUUGCAAGACAGUUGCCAGGCAACACUUCAGAACUUUAACUUGUGUAUGUUCCAUGAGCCUGACAUUUAUAGCCACGAUGGACUGCAGCACCUCGACGAUGACAUGGUCUUCAAGUUUGUUGUCAUGUGUAUGGCCACCAUCCAUCUACUUCAGUUACGAGGAUCCAGGCAGGUGACAGCAGCUACAGCGUUCCUCCUUGCACUGUUCUCACACAUCCUGAAUCAUGUCGUCAUCCGUCUCCACGCAGCCCUGGACGAGAAAGAGAACCCAAACAUACUGCUUCACAGAGAAUUUCAUCAAGAUGUUGAUGAAGAAAUGGAGGAUUUUUCAGACCCUGAAGAAAAUGGCCGAAUUUCCCAUCGUGCACAUGGACAGGAAGCAGAAGAAGUUCCACCGUCAUCUCAGAAUCACAACAACAGUUCCCAAUACAAAAGAAUUGGUACCGAAAAUUCAAUCCAGCAAGAAAAGCCAGAAAAAUCAAAGUCAUCUCGGAUUAAGAGCUUUAAGCGGCGGAGAAGAAAACGGCACAAUAGUGACGAUAGCUCUGACCUGUCCGAUGUCUCCGACCUCAGUGAAGGUGCCGAACAUUUAUCUGACCACUUCCUGUCGGGGGACUCGGAAGAAGAGGAAGAAGAAUUUGUAGGAUUUUUCACAAAUGAAUCUGAUUCGGAUAUGUCUGAUGCCUUGAUGGAAAGUCAGGAGUUAGAACCAGGAUUUGCAGAAGCAAGCAGAUCCUCUGCAAACUCGAACUCUCACGAUCCACAGACAGUUUUCCCUGGUGGUGUACCAGAGGCUAAUAACGCCAUUUGGAUUAAUCAGGCAGAAAAAGAAAAACUUGCUCAUCUCUCUUCAGAGCUAUACUCAUCGUCUGCAUCUUUUCUGCGACAAAAUGUGCGAUUGUCCCCGCAGAAUAGCAGGGCGUAUGAAUGUGAUGUGGCAGAGUUUGAGAACUGUAAAGAUGUCAUUCAAGGAAAGAAAGAAGUGCCUGUUCCACCAGGUUUUGCAUCCAGCAAGGAAGCUCUUCAUGUAGCAGAAAUCACCAACAAGCUCGCUAACUUUGUGAUAGAGACAGAUACAGAGGCUAGCAUGGCCCCCACAGACUCCGAACAAUCUGGAGCUGAUGUAGAAAAUGAUACGGAGACUGAAGACUACAGUAGUACUUCUGGGUCAGGGGACAGGGUUGAGACAAGUCACCACCAGCUGAAGAAUACUAUAGAUGUGGUCCACAACGAGGGGCUGCUCUCCACCGUCAAACUCAUGUGUGACUGGAUGAGGUGUAACAGUGGUGUUAUAAUGACGUGUGCCCAGAGCUCACAGUCCCUGUGGCAUCGUCUUUCAGUCCUGUGUAACAUCCUACCGCUGGAGACGGUUCUGGCUGAACACGACCAGUGUUGGAUGGAGGAGGUGAAGGGCAUUCUCUGUUCCAUUCCUAGCCAAGAUUGGCACCAAAUAUUUCCGCUACGCGAGGACAUCAAUCUCGCCCACUUCCAACCCUUGGCGGAGGCUCAUUCUAGUCUUAAAAUAAAUAUCAAAAGGAAGGGACACGUAUCGGAAAUGCAGGAGUGUUUUCUGCGAGUGGGCUGUAUACGACAAUUCGGCCACUUCCUGUCCAGUCUGGAAAACCUUAACUUUCAAUACGACGAGGAACAGAAGAUAUUUGUGGGUCCCGCCCAGCCCUCUGACACUCGGGAGAAUGAAAAAGAGGCAAUGAAGCGAAUUGCAGACGAAGAAAGCAGACGGAACCAGCUGAUGAGGGACAUGGCACAGUUACGAUUACAGGCUGAGGUUAGUCAGCUAGAGGGAUCACUGGACAAACAUGACCAGUCCAGCUUCCCACCAUACCUCAUCCCAGACCCUCAGUGCCUGUGUGACUGCCUCAACAUGGUCAAGCAGCUCUCACAGUCCGGCAAAGGCAUCCUCGUCAUCCCAAUAUCUGUGAUAGAUACGCUUGAUGUCCUGAAGAAGGAGUCGGGGCGGGCCCGAGAGGCAAUUCGUUGGCUGGAGGCAGAGUUCCGCAAGGGAAACAGAUAUAUCCGAGCACAGAAGAGCAACGAAAAACUCCAAGAUAACACGCCUAAACUGCUGAAGAAGGACAAAGCUAUGUGGUGUCUGUUUGAGAUCCUGAACUGUGCCCGCUACCUGGCCCUACAGGGAGGCGAGUUGAACGGUGGAAAUAUGGUGGCCGUACUAACAGCUAAGGAACUGGACAGAGCCAUUUUACCGCCACUUGUGAAGAAAAUGUUGACAGCACAGGAAGGUGUGAGCAUGGCCAGCGUAUCAUCCUUUCUGAAUAGAUGGAAGGAUGUCCCCAAGAAUAAAGGUUGAAGACAAUACCCAUGGAUGGCAAAUCGCCAUGGAAACAAUCCAAAAAUACCUGGUGGUAACCACUGGAGACAACAAGGGCAGAUAACCCUAAACAGGAAAACCAGCCAAAAAACAAAUGCAUAGGGGUUCAGGUACCUUAGUGGGGAACACUCGUCUGUGUCCCUACGGGGAUAGGGGGACUGUUUCCUCUACGGGGAUAGGGGGACUGUUUCCUCUACGGGGAUAGGGGGACUGUUUCCUCUACGGGGAUAAAGGUUGUUGCCCUAGGCAGUGGGGAACACUUUAUUAAGGACAAAACUUGUCUGAAUAAUGAUACUCUGUGGAAAAAGGGGGGGGGGACAUUUUGGGUUAAUGAUUCCUGAAUGUUGCCCUUCAGCAGUAUGGGGACGAAUACGCUACUGUUGUUUAUCAAAGUUAAGAAAGGAAACACUCAAGGACUGAGGCUGUUGUCAAUUACAGAAUUUGUGAGACAAAGGAGUGGUGAGAAAUAUUAUUUUAGCCAAAUCUAAAUCAAUCUCAAUAUUUGUUUUCUUCAGUAAAGAGCUCUGAGGAUCCUUUAAAACUCAGAUUGGAUAAAAAUCAGUUAGAUGUAAAUGAGCACAAGGGGUGUGUUCCAAAGCAAUAGUGUUUUAAAACGUUUUUGUUUUGUUCGAACCCUCAGCAUUCGGCCCGUCUUCGAACCAGGCGUUUGUUGGCUCAAUUUACUUUCCAUGAGGUUGAUAUACAUUUGUAAUACAUAUAUAUAAAAUGUAUGCAAGUUCACAUUUUUAUUCCAGAGCUAUGUGAAAAUUAGUAAUAAUCCUUAAUCAUUUUAUAACCGAUAUUGAGAAAUCAAGUGUUUAAUUUUUUUAAUUUUUGUUUUAAGUAUUCAAUUCUGAUAAUGGUAGCUUUUGUUUGAAAUAUCAUCCUGUACUUGAAAACAUGAUUUGAUAGAUUGUUUACAUAUGUUAUGUAGAAUUUUUAUCAUUUUCAUUUUUCGCAUUGUGUUAGCAGAAACAAAUAUCUUCAGACAUGAUUUUAAUGAAUGACUGAUCAAAAACGAGUUAUAAUUGUGUUUUUGGUGUGAAAAAUAUGUCAGAAAUGCCCAAUAAAUUUUUUAAAGA